UGGUGUUUUAGUGGGAAGGCCUUGGUAUGUCACCUGUGCAGGGGUGGCAGGCGGCUGCACACUGAACAGACAGCUGACUUCCUUCUCGUCAGAGUGAAAAGAUGCCACAAGCUCUUCGGAUGAAACAAACAAGUUAAGCUGAAAGGGGUUUUACUUACUUUUUGGAUACUGUGAGACUCCAAAAACGGCAAAAUGCGGGACAUGCUGGUGAGACUCCACACAAUCAGUGAAGAGCAGGAGGACUAUGGGCCGGAGCUUACUGGACUUGAAUACGACGUAGACAAGAAGACUCUGACUCAAGAUGCUGUCAUUUUUGAUUACUCUACAGAAAUAGAUGAUAUCCUGGAGGAGUCGCAUUCCAUACGCAAAGAUAUAUCCAUGCUUAGUUUGGAGAUUCAGCGCCUGAGGAUCCACAAUGAGCGUUAUGGCACAACUGUGGGACGUCUCACUUUUCUGAAAAGGGACUCUGACUCCAUUGCGAGAGGAAUCCAUCAUCGAGCAGAGUCUCUGCAUAACCAAAUACAGAACCUGGGUAAAGAGUGCAGCAGACUGGAGGAGAAAAAUGGUCCCAACGUUGCAGUUACUCGCAUUGCCCGUACCCAGUAUGAAACGCUCAUCUGUUCAUUCCGUGAAGCCAUGAGUGACUACCAUAAGAUCGAGGAAAAACAGAGAGACACAUGCAGGGCAAGGUUACAGAGGCAAGCUUCCAUAAUGGGGGCAGAAAUGAGCGAGGAAGAUCUGAAUGACUUGGUGGACAAAGGUGGUGAGGGCUGGACCGAGCUGUCCCAGAACCUUUGCCAGGAUGGUAGCCGUUCAUGCCGUUCAGCCAUGGGUAACAUCAAAAGCAGACAUAAAGAGCUGAUGGACCUGGAGGCCAGACUGAAGGAGGUCCACGAACUGUUCCUCGACAUGGCCAUGCUAGUAGAAGAACAGGGUUUACUUGUUGAUAAUAUCCAACAAAAUGUGUGGAAAACAGAGGAAUAUAUUGAAGAUGUAAAUUUUAAAUUAGUUAGGGCCAAAGUUUACAAGAAGAAGAACCCUUGUUUGCAAUGUUGUCCCUGGCUACCAUGCUGGAAAUAAAGUGGAGCAUUCUAAGACUUCA